AUGACGGACGCGCAGCAGCUGAUCAACUACGCGCGCAACCAGUUCAACGAGAUCGCCGCGGAUGUCGAGAGACACUUCGAUCUCGUAGCCGGCAACCUCAAGGAACGCUUCGCAAAACCCCUCAGUGCACCCCCAGCCCGCCGCCUACCCCCUCCGACGACAUGGCAGCUCGCGCAAAGAUGGAUGUACAAGCACAAGGCGCUUACAGCCGCCAUCGUGGCCUUCUUCGUCACCGGAUCCGUCGGGGCAUUCGUAUAUGUGAAGAGCAGAGACUUGAAGAAGAAGCGUAGAGCAAAGAGGUCACAAAGCGGUGCGAGGACAGAUGUGGUGGUGGUUGCGGGUGCGGUCACCAAUCCCUUGACGAACGCGCUAUACCUGGACCUCGAGAGGAGGGGCUUUGUCGUCUAUGUUGUCGCGAAUACCAGCGAAGAGGAGCACUUUAUACGAUCGCAGUCACGGGCAGAUCUGAUACCGCUAUCAUUGGACCUCGUGGAUCCGUUCAUGGCGCAGAACCAGCUUGCACGAUUCCAAAAUCUACUGGGCAGUGAACAACGAGCGUUCGACCACGCGGAACCACACCGACUCAACCUCAUUGGGCUUGUUGUCGUACCCGACUUGCGGUCCAACCCGGCAAGGGUAGAAGAUAUCAGCUCGGAAGAAUGGAGCGAUGCAUUGAAUGCUAAAGUGCUUCAUACGAUUGCAACCACUCAACACCUACUUCCUGCGGUUAUCGAGCACAAGGCGAACGUUCUCUUCUUGACACCGUCAAUGACUGCGACUCUCAAGCCGCCCAUGCACUCCGUGGAGAGCACAGUAUACGGAGCUCUCCAGGGAUUCACAUCGUCACUCGCCGCUGAGCUUAAGCAGGAUGGAGUGAACACAACCUGGUUCAAGCUGGGAAACAUCGAUAUACCCGCCGCCACGGCGAAGCAACGAAGAGAUGGGGUUCCAGCGCCGAGACUUAAGCCCACACCUCUCAGAACACUUCACGACCAGGUGUUUGAUACCCUCGUUGCAAAACGACCAUCGAGAACUCUUCACGUCGGUCGCGGGAGCUUAACAUACGACAUCAUCGGCAGCGUCAUGCCGCCGAGCUUCAUCGCUUGGAUGAUGGGCGUAGGCUCGCGACCAAGAAUAGUGAGAGACACGAGCGACGACGAUCUUCAGGGCAGCGCUGGCAGCUUGACCUGGGAAAAGGUUGAUCAAGAAAGACUGGAUGCCUAG